AUGCGCUGGCUCGUCAUCAUCUCUGCUGUCAGCCUCGCUGCUGCGUUGCAUUCGGUCCCUCCGCCCUCGGUCGCGCGGCCGUUCCGCUCUCGAGCGCCGCGCGCAGCCCUUUCAGACGACGAGCCAAAGAAGACUGGCGAAGACGGGGAUGCGCUCGCGGCAGAGUUUGCGCGUCGGCUGGAGGCGGAGGGCGGUGCGACAAAGUUCAAGCUGAAGACAGACAUCUCGCGCGCGGUAGAGCCUCUCAAGGACGGCCUCACCGACGUCGCGAGAGAGGCGAAGAACGUGCAGCUUCCCGACUUGACCGACGCGUCACCGCAAACGCUGCUCGGAGGCCUCUUUGGUGUCGUCUUUCUCUGCACGCUCCUCAGCGCGGCGAGUGGCCCGAGCGUAGACACACGCACCUCGGACGGCACUACCCUCGAGUUCGGGCAGCGUUCAGAGCUGCGGCAACCCGAUUUCGGCACCUCAAACCGCGGCUACCGCCCCGAGUUUGGCAACCAAUGA